AUGGCAAUCCGCCUUCCUCGUGUUAUUCAAGCUAAGCAACUCUUGAAGCGGGCUAAUUCCUUCACUUCAAGAAAUCCGCUUUCAUAUGAGGUUCCAAAGGGAUAUUGCAUGGUUUAUGUUGGAGAAAGUGAUGAUGAGAGGAAAAGAUAUGUGAUUCCUAUCGCUUACUUGAACCAAUCCUCCUUCUAG